CUAAAAUGAAAAUGUUUUUUUUUUUGUUUUUCAGUGAUGUAAACAGUAGACUCUAGGCAUGUUCAGUUGCACAGUUGAGCAUUUAAUUUUGGGAAGAUUGCACUCAAUGGUUCAAUUAGAGUUGGCACAUGACAUGAAGGUUCGAGUCGUCAAACGCCGCAACAAUCCUCCCAUCAAAGUCAAAGCUGAUUGGGCCGCUUGAGUUGCUUCAUGCAAAUCUAUGCAAACGAAGCACUGAUUUCUCGCACGGCCUGCCUUUCACCGCCCCUCCCCAACCUCACCCCACCCCAAGUGGUCAUGACAGGUGGCCACCUUAAGCCGGGCUCACCUGAUCGCACACAUGCAGACACACACACACACACACACACACACACACAUGACAUGCAGAAAUGUUGGGCCUGAUGUUUGCAGGCGUGCUUUUUUUCCCAGGACUUUUCCUACUCUUCAGUCGUUCUCUGAGGAUCCUGAUGGGAUGGAACCAGGCUGAUGCCAUCAUCGUGUCAGCACGCGUCGUGUCGUCUGUCCAAGCCAUCAUAGCAGUGGCCGCCGGAUGUGUCAUCGCCUCGGCAUGCCGGCGCAACCUCCUGGAUGACAGGCACUGGCUGACGGAUGCCUACAUCACGUUCGCUGCACCCUAUUUUGUUUACGACCUGUACGCCAUGUUCCUGUGCGACCGACACAGGCACGAGGUCAAGGGUCACGAGGACAAAGGCGGCACGUGGAGCACGCCCAUCUUGGCCUUCGUGCGGCGAGAGAGUUUGAUGGUGUUGCAUCAUGUCUUCAUGGUGCUGUUCUGCUUGCCCGCCUCUCUGGUGUGGAGGCAGGGCAAGGGUGACUACUUCCAGGGUCUUGUGUUUCUUGCUGAGCUAAGCACACCAUUUGUGUGUUUUGCCAAAGUGCUCAUACAGUUGAAGCUCACCGACACGCUGGCCUACAAAGUGAACGGCGCUCUGACACUCUUGGUCUUCUUUGGUUGCCGCGUGGCACUUUUUCCGUAUUUGUACCUGGCCUACAGCAGGUGAUGUCAUCAACACGCAACCAAUCACGUGUCGCCAAUAGUUUACCCAAAAAAGAGAAAACAAACAAAAUGACACCUUGUUAGAGGACGUUGGAAACAACCAUGACUUACUCUUAAAAAGAGUCUGCUUAGCUUAACCACCAGUACCAUCCAAGCAACAAAUAUUUCUACACGAACAAUACAUGUAGACAAUGUCACCAUACUCCGAGGUAGAUAUUCUUUAUCCUCUGUGAGGAUUGACUAAUAUUACUGCAGCUCACCAAGUCAGUAAGCACGACACAAAAACACUCACUGAUAAGAACUGUUGAAUUCUUUACAUUCAUUUAAUGAUUUAAUAAUGAUUCAUUUCAUGUAGUUGUUAAAAAAAACAAGCAUUUCCCCCCAA